AUGCAUUUCUUUGAAAACGCACAAGAAACUGAUGUGGAAAAACCCAAAGAAGAAAACAAAAACGAAGAAUCCAAGCCCACAGCUGAUCCCGAAUCAAAAGAAGCAAAAAUAACUGCCGUGGACAAUAAAGUCGAUAGUGUGCAGAAAAUUGAUAAAAUCGAAGAAGCAUUGUCAGAUAAUGUAACAUUGUUGUUUAUGACGAGUAGAACGGAAACCAAGUCUGAUGUCUGUAUGGAAAAUAUAAAACUCAGCACAAAUUACGAUACUAGUUCCACCGAGAGUUCUAUUGUGAUACCUGAGUAUGAAGCUUGUAAUGUUAGUGACAGUCUAAAUAAUUAUUUAGAAAAUGCAAGUUCUGUACUUCAAGAUAAAAUUUGUUACAGAGCAGAGUGUAAUAAUUUUAAGUUCAGGGAACAACGAUCCAUUAGUGUUUCCACAGACUCGGCUCCAAGUUUAAAUGUGGGAGAAGAACAAAUAAUAAAUCAAAGAAAAAUUCUGGUCUUGCAUGAAUUAACUGAAGAGCACUGCAUUUCAACAAAGUCCGAGAAAUGUGCAGAGGAGAUUAUGGAUAAACGUAUGGGAGCAAUAUUAAAAACAAUGAAUGAAGAUGCUGUAGAUGAUGAAAUAAUUAAAGAGUCACACAGACCUAAUGAAAUAACUGUUAUUAAAAAGCCAAUGUUCCAAAUGGCAACGGUUAGGACAGAUAUGGAAGAAACAAAGCGAACUGAUGAAGAAAUAAUAAAAAUCGAAGCUAAGCAUCUUUUCGAUAGAUAUUCAAAAGUUAUUGAGGAAUUAAAUAUAAGACAGCAAAAAUUGACAUGUCACAUUCGUCAUGAUGUUGAAAAUAAUUGUGAUCAUAAGAAUAUAGCUAAACUAGUAUCCCGUGCAGUAAGGGCUUAUUAUAAUCCUUGUGCGGGUCCGUUUGUUAGAUUCAUGAAUAGUGAUCUCAUUGAUCAAACUCCUGCAUCAUGGCAAUUUAGAAUUAUAAGUCAUCCAUCCAAUGAUCCUGCCACUCUUUCUAGAUUAGUAAAAGAACGUGUUAUGCCAAAUAAUAUGUCUUCCUACGAAAUGAACUUAUGGCGUAGCCCGAUUUCUUGUCCAGAUACUGAUUGCAUAUACAAGACAUUUUUAUCCGAUUUUACAAAGCAUUUGCUAGUAGAUCAUAAUCAUCUACCAAUGGAACGUGUGUAUCCAAGAAAUGUUAAAAAUUUCUUUAUUGAUGUACGUGUUGCUUUCGUUGAUGUUCCUAAAGUUCGAAUGCUCUUUCUUUUGCAGGAAAGAAUUACUGAAUUAGGACAUAAUACAUAUAACGAUUCCUUACCUCUGCUAAUAAUGACCUCAGUUCUUCGUUUAAGUGAUAUAAUGCAGUCAGAAGAAAUAAAACAAAAUAGCGAUCUGAAAUUUCUUCUCAUUUGGGUGUCUGGCCUAGAAACUGGUAAAUAUCCAACUAAUAUGACUUUAGUAGCAUGGAAAAAUACUGGAAGAUAUCCUGAAUAUCAAGUCGUUAUAACAGGAUCAAUUUUGCCAAUCACUAAAGUAUUGACUCCACUACAGGUGCUCGAAACUGGAAAUUGUCUGUUAUUAACACCUCGACAACAAAAGAUAUUAACUGCAAAAAAUCUGCUUCAUCUCCAGUUAUUUAUUCACUAGGAAAUCAUUAAAAAAUAUUACCAUUAAUUUCAACCUUAAACUAGAUACGAUAGAAACUGCUGCAAUAAAGGUAAUAACAUCAGUAAUGAAUUUUGUCGGUCUAAUGAAAAGUGUUCAAGAAGCGGUGAUAUGAUGAUUUAUCCACUUAAAAAUAUCGGUGAGGAAACUUUGACCAUAAUGAUUAACACUGCUUUAAUAUAUACAUCAAUAAUUUUAAAUCCUUAAGGGAUGAAGUAAAAGUACAUAAAACUGAAAAAGUAAAAUGCUUAUUUCAAAAU